CUAUUUUUAUAGUCGGCCGAAAAGGAAAAGAUGAUGAUUUUCAGAGUUGAAAACUACAAAAAGGGUGGGAUUCUGGUAAGUUUGUGCCUUUACACAUGGAGAGAAGGAGGAGAGAAUCGUGUGGAGUUAGUAUUUCUCCGAUGCAGCACCUCCUCCUCCUAAACUCUUUUUGGAGGUUCUAUAUUCUUGUGCUAUACACAUAUGCAUGAUGUUAAGUUGAUCACACAAAGGGCUGAAGAUCUUCUAAAAUUGAGGGAUUUCAAGACGGAAUUGGUCUCCAAUUUUCAUUUCUCAAAACAAUCAACCUGAGGGAUUGUCUACUUCUGUCUCUAUGGAUAUUGUGUUUCCUCCUAUAUUUUAAGCUCGUUUGUUUCUUAGGCUGUUUUCAUUGACCACACAACAGUUUCUUCUUAAAAUUUGAAGCAGCCCGGAAAAUGUCGAAGACCCUUAUGCUAUAUAUAGACAAGUGCCUUCACAAUCUGUACUUCAAGUUUUGAUAGAGAGAGGCUCCCAAUUUAUAUAAACUUGGGUGCUUUAAUAUUCUAUACACACAUAACUGUUCUCUCUGUAUGUAAGAGUGAGAGAAAGAGAGAGAGAGAGAGAGAGAUGGGGAGUGAAGGGUAUGCUCCACUAUUUGAAACAAGGAGAGCUAAGGGAAGAUUCCUAUACAGGAUGUUUGCAGCAUCCAUGUUUUUGGGGAUAUGCUUGAUUUGGGCUUACAGGGUCAUUCACAUCCCUACGGAAGAUGGAAGAUGGGGUUGGAUUGGAUUGCUUUUGGCUGAGCUUUGGUUUGGCCUUUACUGGCUUGUCACUCAAGCUUCUCGCUGGAACCCCAUCUAUCGAUCCACUUUCAAGGACAGGCUCUCACAAAGGUAUGAAAAAGACCUCCCAGCUGUUGAUAUAUUUGUGUGCACGGCAGACCCUGUGAUAGAGCCACCAAUAAUGGUGGUCAACACUGUUUUAUCAGUCAUGGCGUACGAUUAUCCGCAGGAAAAACUUGGUGUAUACCUAUCUGAUGAUGCUGGUUCAGAGUUAACAUUCUAUGCUCUGUUAGAGGCUUCCCAUUUCUCCAAGCACUGGAUACCUUACUGCAAGAAGUUCAAAAUCGAGCCAAGGUCGCCUGCAGUCUAUUUUUCCUUGACAUCUCACCUACAUGAUGCUGAUCAGGCUAAAGAAUUGGAGCUUAUCCAGAAAUUGUAUGAAGAGAUGAAGGACAGAAUUGAAACUGCUACCAAGCUAGGUCGAAUUCCUGAAGAAGUACUCAUGGAGCAGAAAGGAUUUUCUCAGUGGGAUUCAUUUUCUUCUCGGCAUGACCAUGAUACCAUCCUUCAAAUACUAAUUGAUGGGAGAGACCCAAAUGCCAUGGAUGUUGAAGGGAGCAAAUUGCCAACUCUGGUAUACUUGGCUCGUGAAAAGAGACCCAAACAUCCCCACAACUUCAAGGCUGGAGCUAUGAAUGCAUUGAUAAGGGUGUCAUCAAAAAUUAGCAAUGGAGCCAUCAUUCUCAACGUAGACUGCGAUAUGUACUCGAACAAUUCACAUUCCAUCCGGGAUGCUCUUUGCUUCUUCAUGGAUGAAGAGAAGGGUCAAGAGAUUGCUUUUGUGCAAUAUCCACAGAACUUCCAAAACAUCACUAAGAACGAAUUAUAUAGUAGCUCAUUAAGAGUUAUUAGCGAGGUGGAAUUUCAUGGUUUGGAUGGCUAUGGAGGUCCUAUGUAUAUUGGAACUGGCUGCUUUCAUAGAAGGGAUACUCUAUGUGGGAGGAAGUUCAGCAAGGACUAUAGGAAUGAAUGGAAGAGAGAAAGCAUAAAGACAGAAGAAAGUGCACAUGAGUUACAAGAAAGUCUAAAGAAUCUAGCAAGCUGCAGAUAUGAAGGAGAUACACAAUGGGGAAAUGAGAUGGGGUUGAAGUAUGGGUGCCCAGUUGAAGAUGUGAUAACAGGGCUGUCCAUUCAAUGCCUAGGAUGGAAAUCAGUGUAUCUCAACCCUGCCCAGAAGGCUUUCCUUGGGGUUGCUCCCACGACACUGGAGCAGACUCUUGUGCAGCACAAGAGAUGGUCUGAAGGUGAUCUACAGAUUCUGCUUUCCAAGUACAGUCCUGCAUGGUAUGGACUAGGAAGAAUUAGCCCAGGCCUUAUACUGGGUUAUUGCACCUACUGCCUCUGGCCUCUCAACUCCUUGGCAACACUGUCCUAUUGUAUAGUCCCUUCCCUUUAUCUUCUCCAUGGCAUUCCCUUGUUUCCACAGGUCUCAAGCCCAUGGUUCCUACCAUUUGCAUACGUGAUAUUGGCCAAGUACAGUGGCAGCUUGGCUGAGUUCCUCUGGUCUGGAGGCACACUCUUGGGGUGGUGGAAUGACCAGAGAAUCUGGCUCUUUAAGAGAACAACCUCCUACCUCUUCGCCUUCAUGGACACCAUUCUGAGGCUACUGGGAUUCUCUGAAACAUCGUUUAUACUGACAGCCAAAGUUGCUGAUGAAGAUGUGUCCCAGCGAUAUGAGGGAGAGAUGAUGGAGUUUGGAGGGUCUUCCCCCAUGUUCACCAUCUUAGCAACACUAGCAAUGCUCAAUCUGUUUUGUGUUGUUGGGGUGGUGAAGAAGGUGGGCUUGGAUAUGGAGGUCUACAAAACAAUGGCUCUGCAGAUUCUGCUAGCUGUGGUUCUGCUUCUCAUCAACGGGCCUCUGUACCAAGGCCUCUUCCUGAGGAAGGAUAAUGGCAAGAUGCCAUGGUCACUCACUGUUAAAUCAGUUCUUCUGGCCUUAUUCGGGUUCAUUGUGAUUUUGGUGCUUUUGUCUGUACAAGCGGUAUGUGGGAUUAGGUUUGUGAUUGAUAGAGAAGAAUGCUUCUCCCAUAAUGUUGAAUAUGAAGGGGAUACAAUUCACGCAUCAUUUGUGGUGAUUAAGGUUGAUGCUUCAUGGCAUUAUAAUAAAGAUGGUGUUGAUCUUGUUGUGAAGGGACCUUCUGGUAAUCAAAUUCAAGAUUACCGUGACAAGACAAGUGAGAAGUUUGAGUUCAUGGCUCAUGAAAAAGGACUUCAUCGGUUCUGCUUUACUAACAAGUCUCCUUAUCAUGAAACCAUAGACUUCGACGUAUAUACUGGUCAUUUUGCAUACUAUGAUCAGCAUGCAAAAGAUGAGCAUUUUAAUCCUUUAUUAGAACAGAUAUCAAAAUUAGAGGAAGCACUUUACAACAUUCAGUUUGAACAGCAUUGGCUUGAGGCUCAGACUGAACGCCAGGCUAGAGUAAAUGAUGCAAUGAACCGGAGAGCAGUUUACAAAGCCUUCUAUGAAUCAGCAGCACUUAUUGGGGCUAGUAUCCUUCAAGUCUACCUUCUACGACGUCUGUUUGAACGGAAGCUUGGAACAUCUAGAGUUUAGGUUCAGUGCUGCCAUAGAAUAUUUAUAGAUUGUAGAAUUUUGGUGCCCAAAAAUGCAAUUUUAGGCUCUUGCCUUGGAUACUAUUUGCCUAUUUGAUGGUUGAAUGAUAAUGGUUUUUAUAGUUGCUUGAGUAA